UUCAAAAUGGCUUCCAAAGAGAGACCGGUAUGUCAAAUCUUCUCAUUUCAGGACUGUAAAGCCUCUCCCGACCCGAUUUAUGAACUCCCCGCCCAGUGUCUCACUCCUACUCCGGCCCCGAUAGUGAUAGAUAACGGCUCCUUCCAGACCCGGGCCGGCUGGGCGGCUCCAGCGGCGGAGUACGACUCUCCGCGGCUGAUCUUCAGGUCUGUGGCGGCGCGCAGCAGAGGGGCCGCCCGCAGCGAGACCCAGAUCGGUAACGACAUCCCAAACUUGGAGCCGCUGCGGUGGCUGCUGAAGAGCCAGUUUGACCGAAACGUGGUGGUGAACUUCGAAAUCCAGGAGCUCAUCUUCGACUAUGUGUUUACACAUCUGGGCAUCGCCUCUGAGGACAGCGUGGAACACCCCAUUGUGCUCACAGAGGCACCCUGUAACCCGCUGCACUGUCGGCAGAUGAUGUCAGAGUUGCUGUUUGAGUGUUACCGUGUCCCGUACGUCUCUUACGGCGUGGACGGCUUGUACAGUUUCUACCACAAUAACACGCGGAGGAACAUCCGUCCGCCACACACCGGCAUUGUUCUGUCCUCAGGAUACCACUGCUCACACAUCCUGCCAGUUAUCAACGGCAGGUUGGAUGCGGUGAACUGUAAACGUGUGAACAUGGCUGGGAGUCAGGCAGCGUCCUACCUGCAGCGCCUCCUCCAGCUGAAAUACCCAGGUCACCUUGCCGCUAUCACACUGAGCCGCAUGGAGGAACUGCUACAUGAACACAGUUACACUGCGGUGGAUUAUCAUGAAGAGCUGGAAAAAUGGCGCAGCCCAGAGUUUUAUGAGCGGGAGGUUCACCGAAUGCAGCUUCCCUUCUCGGGUAAAGUGCCGGGCGGCUGUGUGAGUGUGGAGGAGAGGCAAGAGAGACGAGCUCAGCAGCUUCGACGCCUUCAGGAGAUCAAUGCUCGCCGCCGUGAAGAGAAGCUGCAGCAGGACCAAGAGAGGCUGGACAGACUUAUGGCAGUACAGGAGCUGUGGGACGACGGCCUGUUGGAUCAGUUUCACAAGAGCCUGGUGGAGCUCAACAUGGACUCAGCGGAGGAGUUGCAGUCCUACAUCAACAAACUGCAGCUGGCUGUGGAGCAGGGCAGGCAGAAGCUGCUGCACAGCGACGGAGCAGAGGGAAAGAUGGAGGUGUCUGAGCUGGAGCAGCCGAUGGAUGAGGGAGACGGAGUCGCGCUGAUGGAUUCUGACUUCCCCGAGGACACGCUGCCAGAAAAACCCGCUAAUGUGGUUCAGCCCAUGUUCAACAUGGCAGAGUACCACCAACUGUUUGUGGGUACAGAGCGCCUGCGGUGUCCAGAGAUCCUGUUCCAGCCCUCGCUGACUGGAGAGGAGCAGAUGGGACUGAUGGAGACGCUGCAGUAUGUCCUGGCCAGGUAUACACCAGAGCAGCAGGAGGCGUUGGUGAGCAAUGUGUUUUUGACAGGAGGGAACAUGCAGUACCCUGGGAUGAAGGAGAGAGUGGAGAGAGAACUGCUGGCUAUGAGGCCCUUCCAGUCACACUUUAAGGUUACCAUGGCAUCGCAGCUAGCCCUGGACGCCUGGUGCGGGGCAAGAGACUGGGCCUUGGAGCAUCCGCCUGGAGGAGGAGCGGCAGAGGGAUGGAUCAGCAGACAGGACUACGAGGAGAAAGGAGGCGAGUAUCUGAGCGAGCACUGUGCCUCUAACGCCUUCAUUCCCAUGAAGCUCGCCAAACCAGUUCCUGCUCGCCCCGUCGAACCCUCCGUUAUGACUUCAGCGGGAGCUUCUGCUGCCAUCUCCACGGUUACGUCUGCCCUGACUCCCUCCUUCUCUACUGGUGCUGCUGAUGUUUCUAUGGUUUCCUCCUAAACUUAUUUCUCAGAGUCUCAAUUUGGAAUGAAGUACCCUUUUUUUUGGUGUAGUUUAACCUAUCUGCUUCUGCAUCAGACUUUAGUAACUUCAUAACUGGAACUGGACUGUUCAUAUUGAAUUGCCAUCAAAGUAAUCACCUUAAAAGUCAGAUGGAAAUAUUUUUGUAUAUUAUUAUGUAAAUAGAAUUUGUUUUGUGUGUGUUUUUUAAAAAUAUAUUUUCACUUAUGAAAACAGCUCUUUGCUUUUGAUUGACAGAUUGACCAGAAAGUUUGGCAGAUGUCUGAUGCUGCUCGUCACAUCGUGUUGCAUUUUAGUCAACCUUCUUCAGUAUCUUUGAUUUUCUUCCUUCUCUUUUUUCUCUCUCUGCAGCUCACUUUCAAAUCAGUUCAGUUACACACACAACAAAAAGUUUUCUCAUUUACCUUUAGUUGUAUCUAUACAUGCAGUUCAUUUUGGUUUUAUUAUUUCUUGGGUUGCACUGGUCCAGAUCUUUGCUGCCACACCAGUAUAAUGGAGGUGAAAUUUUAUUUGUUGUGCUCACAGCAGAACUUUAAAAAAAUCAACUGCCUUAUGUCUCCAUUCCUCUGGAUUAGCAAUUAUUUUCACUACUGAUUAUCCAAUCUGUCGGUUAUUGUUUAUAUUAAUCGAUUAAUUGUGCAGUCUAUAAAAUUUAGUCUGACAAAUGCCUAUUACUGUUUCCCACAGCUGUAAAUGAUAUCUUCAGAUUACCUAUUUUGUCUGACCAACAGCCCGAACCCUAAAGAUUUUGCCAUUUGGACAAAUAAAGCAGAAGUAAAAGGUGAUACCAUAGAUUAUUUAGCGGUCAACCGAUCAACUAAUAAUUUCAGCAGGCUGUUUUCACAGGGACUAUUUCUUCUGUUUAAAGUUGUUCAGGUAAAUACCUCCAAACCUUGGACUACCAGUAUAUUCAUGGAGAAAUAACUCCAGAAGUAAGUGAGAUGAUGUUUUAGUUUCUGAUUUGGGUGAACUGAGCCUUUAAAUGCAGCACACAUGAUGUGUUGCAGUGUAGUGUUGCACCACCAGAUGGCACAGGCGAACAAAAUG